AUGAAGGGCGGUGCCUAUGCAUUGUCCAGGAUCCACGAAUCUUGGGCGUGCUCAGCUGGAGUGGAUUUGGUGGCGCCCCUUUCCAGGAAGAUGAAGAGGAAGGGGCGAUGCUUCCGCUGCACGCCGUGCAGCCGGACUUUGGACCGCUGCCAGCUGGAGAAACACUUGGAAGAAUGCCAUGCGGCAGCAAAGCCAAGUUCAGAGGGAGUGGAGAAGCAUCAGGCGAAGCGCCCCGUGCAUGUUCGGGCAGAGGGGUCAAGUCCAGAUGAGUCAAGCUCAGACGAGUCGUCUUCAGAUAAGUCAAGCUCACGCGUGCAGCCAUGCUGCAUGACCUCUGAGAUGACACAAACAUCGUUGACAUGGGUCACCGAUCAUGACUACUUGCAAGUGUCCUGGGAGUUCAAGGCAAAGGGCUCUGGAGGCUGUCCAGAUUGGCAGCCCUACGCGCCAACGACUUGCAAGGAGCUUGAGGCGCACUUCCAAGCAUUCAAAGGCGGAGGACCCGAGCAAGUAACUGUAUCUACAAAUGGCUUUUCUUACAGCAUCAUGCUGAGUGGUAUGAAGCAGACAAACCUGGAAACCAAGCGCGAGCGGAGCAUUCGGCGAUCGGACAAGCAUGCGUUGGGGCCGAUGCUGUCUGAGCGUGGCAGCAGUGGAACUUUGUGCGCCACAUGCGCCCAACUCGGGGUCUUUGCGGAUUCUGUGCAGGCAGAGCGGGAUGGCUGGCAAGAACGCUGCUCCAAGUUGCAUGGAGAGUGCAAUGAACUUCGAGAGGAACGGAACGUUUGCAACGAGCACCGUUCGGAGCUAGAAGAAGAAUUGUUUGAUCUUCACGAGCGGGCUGAUUGGUUGCAAGAGAGCCUCUCGUGGAUUGAAGAAGAGCGGGACAGCCUCGCAGAACGUUGCCUUGCCUUGCAAGCAGAACGGGACAAGUUCGAGUCAGAAUGCGCUGCCCUCCGCGAAUCCAAAUUCCAGCUGGAGAAAGCCAAGAAUGAGCAACAGCGGCUGUUGAAGCUUGGAGCAGAGGAGUUGAAGCGCCUGCAGGGCGAGUUGGGUGAGUUGCAGCUUCGACCGCACCAUAGCCAACAGAUGAAACUCCAGGAGUGCUGGCGCGCAAGAGCUCAGCCUGGCAAGAUGCGGUAUCGCGUGCCUGCCACAGACCCUGUGGUUGAGUUUGUCCGGGAAGCUUUGCGGGCAGCGUGCCCGACCAGUCACCACAGUGAAUGCGAGCGCAUGCGCACUGUGCGGGUUUGCUCCGUUGAGCAGAUCCAGAAUGUUGAACUCUGGGGGAAGUAUGAGUUUCACAAGGACUGUAUCCGAAAGAAGCUGUCGACGCUGCCAGCUUCGCACAAGAUCACAACCAACCAGGCACUAUCCAGAGCAUGCAGAUGGGCGGAGCUGGACACCAACAUCAACGAGGUCUUCGCACUCCACGGCACGAAGACAUGCAACGUGGACAAGAUCGUAAAGUAUGGCUUCGAUGAACGUCUUGCCCGGCAAGGUGGUUUGUAUGGUCAAGGCACCUACUUCACAGAUGAAAGUUGCAAAAGCUUGCAGUACACUGAAGCUCGUGGAGGGCGGGGAGCCGAAGGAUGCAUCAUCCUAUCACGCGUGGUGUUAGGAUAUCCGCACCUGGCCACGAACCCCCUGCCGCAUCUGAAAUCUGAACCCUUGCGCGACGAAGCUGACGAGUCCAAGGGUGCAUCGCGAGUUCGUUGUCUUCAACCGUUGUCAAGCCUACCCUGA